AUGGGGACCUAUAGUAUAAGUUUGAUAAGUGUUAUAUUUUUUACAUUUUUAUGGACCCCAGCUCUUUCUAACGAUAAAUGCGACUUAUCCUGCCAAGGGUCGUCAUCAGCGCCAACUUUUCUCGCGGGACAUUUAUAUAACUAUGUUGUAGAAGGCACUGUUUCGAUUUAUCUGAAUGGAGCAGAUAAAGAGGAGACAAAAGUACAGAUCUUCGGUCAGGUAUCGGUUUCCGCACAUGGCAACUGUGCUCUGUCUCUGAAGGUCAACUCUUUGGGCAUCGCUGGUCCUGAUGGCAAGAAAUAUCCUGCACCAAAGGGUAUCGAGAAGAUUGUAAGAUUCAGUCUUCAAGAUGGCCGAAUUGGACCUGAAAUUUGCACUGAGGCAGAUGACACACGCGCAUCUCUCAACAUCAAGAGGGCUAUCAUUUCUCUACUGCAAACAGAACAGAAGCCGUCAACACAGAUUGAUGUCUUCGGUGCCUGUCCCACGGAAGUAUCUUCAUCUCAGGAAGGUUCCUCAAUGCUGGUCCAUAGAAGCCGAGACCUGAGCAGAUGUGCCCACCGAGAACAAACUCAGAAUGAACUUAUUACCGCUGUCUACAACACUAAUGCUGAAAUUAAAGAUACUCAGCUCCUUAGAUCCACAAUGAAUAUAGAAUCGAAGGUGAACAAUGGAGUACCAGAAAAGAUAUCCGCUGUCGAGCAGUACUUGUACAGACCCUUCUCUGUCGGAGAGAACGGUGCGAGAGCUGAAGUCAAUACGAAACUAACUUUAAGCGGAACUAGCACUGGAGGUGCUGCAGGCAUCUGCCCCGUUAGCCGCACGAUCAUCUUUGAAAAUCCUCACCAAGGAGAAGAAAGUCACAGCAACUAUCAAAAUAUAUUCAACGCAGUCAAGGAAACCUGCAAGGCCCUCGGUAAAGAAGCUAGUUCUAAAUCAGCUGGAUCGUUUGCUCAACUUGUCAGGAUUUUACGUUCCGGCAACAAAGCUGACUUACUAAAAGUUUUCGGGCAAAUAAAGGGCAACAAUUUGGAGAAGCGAGUAUUCCUCGACGGUCUCUUGCGAGCUGGAACUGGCUACAGCAUUGAAGCUUCCAUUCAAAUAUUGAAGAGCAAAGAGUUGUCACCUCUAGAAGAGAAAAUCGUAUUUUUGUCACUGAGUAACGCCAAACAUGUAACCGGUGAUGCAAUUAAAGCUGCUGCUGGUCUUCUCGACCUUCCAAACUUGCCAAAAGGUGUGUACUUGGGAGUAGGAGCCCUAGCUGGCAUCUACUGCCGUGACCAUAACUGCCACGUUGAAAAGAAUGAAGGCAUUAUUGCCUUGAGCAAGAAGUUAGGCGCUAAGUUGCAGAAUUGCAAGCCCAAGACUAAGAUCGAGGAAGAUGCUGUGGUAGCAGUCCUAAAAGGAAUCCGUAAUAUCAGGCACUUGGAAGACAGUCUGAUCGACCGCUUGGUGCGCUGUGCCAGUGACAAUGCCGUCAAGGCGAGAGUCAGGGUCAACGCCCUGGAAGCAUUCCAAGGAGAUGCUUGCGCAGCCAAGCUAAAGAAGACCGCUAUUGAAAUCAUGAAGAACCGUCAGCUAGACUCUGAAAUCCGUAUCAAGGCUUACCUCGCUGUCAUCACGUGCCCUUGCGGAAAGUCUGCCAAUGAAAUUAAGAAUUUGCUCGAAUCUGAACCAGUUCAUCAAGUGGGUCGUUUCAUCUCGACAUCUCUCCGUGCCAUCCGUGCAUCUGCCAACCCUGAUAAAAAACUUGCACGCCAACACUACGGCCUUAUUGGUAUCCCCACUAAGUUCAAAGUUGACGACAGGAAAUUCUCGUUCUAUCGCGAGAUGAGCUACAACGUAGACGCUCUCGGCGUCGGUGGCAAUGUUGAGUCUUCAGUUAUUUAUUCUCAAGAUUCCUUCUUACCAAGAUCUGUGAACAUGAACGUAACUGCUGAAGUUUUUGGACACAAUGUUAACAUUCUUGAGGUUGGAGGUCGUCAAGGCAACUUAGACCGUGUGCUAGAACAUUUCCUCGGACCAAAAAGCUUUUUACGUACACAGAAGCCCCAAGAAAUAUACGAUAACAUUCGUCAAAAGUUUGAUGAAUCAUAUAACAAGGUAGAGAAAAGUGUACGUGGACGUCGUUCAAUCAAGAGCGAAGUUGAUAAUUUCGACAAACAAAUAAAAGCAGAAUCUCUACAAUACAACCAUGAAUUAGACCUUGAUGUGUACAUUAAACUUUUCGGAACUGAUGCAGUUUUCCUUUCCCUUGGAGAUAACAAAGGCUACGAUUUUAACAGCUUCCUGGACGAGUCCCUGAAGACCUUAAACGAGGGCAUGGAUAAAAUGAAAAACUUCCAGCAAGAGCUUCGCGGACACGUUCUAUUCUUGGACGCCGAGCUGGCCUAUCCCACCUCGACUGGUCUUCCUCUUAAACUUGACGCUGUUGGAUCUGCUACUGGUCGCUUUGAAGUAUCCUCUAAUGUAGACAUCCGCCAAAUUCUUCGAACCCCUGAAGCUUCCAAAAUUGAUUUCAAAUUGGUUCCAAGUACAGAUAUUGAAGUAUCUCUCGUGAUGAUGGUAGACGCCGAGUUUCUUUCAACUGGUCUCAAAGUAGUGACUAACCUUCACUCUUCUACUGGCGGACACGUCGUAUUUAAGAUUAUUGAAAAUGGCAAAGGAUUUGAUCUUCAAUUGGGUCUUCCCAUCGAGAAACAGGAAAUUUUGACCGCUUCCAAUGAGCUUGUAUUCUUUAGCGCUGAAAGGGGACAGAUAGAGAAGUUAACUCCAAUUAAAUCUGAGAAGAAUGAAUAUUCUGGCUGCUUUGAUCAACUCUCGGGAAUGUUAGGUGUUACUUUCUGCGGAAAAGUAAUAUUACCCUUGUCAUUAUCUGGUCAAAAAUCAGACAACGCAAUUUCAGCGUACUUGACCCGCUUCCCACUCGUAGGAUCCUCCAAGGUCAAUGUGGUUUUAGAAAGGAAUGACAUCCAUGGGUACCACAUCAAGGGUGUUUUCCAUCGCGAGGAAUCUCCCAACCGUCGUUAUGGAAUGGAGCUAUUAUUUGACGCUGAAGGAAAACAGAACCGCCGCACCCAAUUUAUUGGCGAAAUCAUAGACAAUGAUCAAGAAAAAACUAUUAAGGCCAGUCUAGACUCUCCAAUUAAAAAAUUAAAUGGUCAAUUCUCACUUUUCACUAAACCUAGUGAAUAUGCCUUGAUGAUGAAAGCUCAGGUGGAUGAAGCCAUCUACUAUGGACGUGCUGGAGUCAACAUCGCUGGAAACGAGAGGCGUUCAGUUUAUAAACCAGUUUUGGAAUAUCAGCUUCCUGGGGAAAAUGGAAAGAAGACUAUCAGUGUUGACGGUCAAAUCACUAGAGAGAAUACCGGUGACAAUGUUAAAUAUACCCUUGAUGGUGUCAAGUUCAAUAUUCCCAACUCUAACGAACCAGUCAAUAUUGAGGGUCACUUUAACAGCGGACAAAGGAUGAUCGAAACAGACUUAAAGUUAAAGAAGGGUCAACAAAAUAUGCUAUUCAGUGGUUCGAUAAAAGGCAAUGACUGCAAGCUCGAAUUCAUGAAUACUCUGAACCCAUACAUUAACUUCAAAUUAAGCGGUCACAUUGAGAAUACCCGUGAAAACCUACACAACGACAUCGAUCUAUACUACGGUGGAGAUUGUCGUAACCCACAAAACCGCGUCACCAUCAACCAACUCUAUAAACGACACUACGUUACUGUCGACGAUUAUAACAUUAUCACCAAGAACAAGAUUGAAAUCCAUGCAUUACCAAUCAAAGCGCAGUUCAACCUUGAAUCUGAUCCCAAGAAAUUCGAUUUGGAUGUUGGAGGUGUCUAUCUUACCAGAAAAGGUAACUUGAACAUCGAUGCUCGUACGCACUUGAAGAAAGCUGGUGACUACCGUGUUAAAACUGUGAUAAGCGUAGACCAACAGUCAGUAGAAGCAUUAGUUAAGAGAGACAUUGUUUCCCCUGACAAAUCUAACGUAGAAAACUACAUCGAUUUCAAGAAAAUUGGCAAAUAUGAAUUAUCUGGUGUGGUACUUCACAAACUAAAGGAACAUGACAUGAACGUUGGAGCUGUUGGUCACUUGAAAAUUUCAGGAAGUGGGAAAGACGAAGAGGUCAAAUUUGACGUUGGAGUCAUUGAGACCGCCAACCAGUAUUCCUCCCACGCCACCAUCUCUAGCUCGAAGGGAGAACUCCUUAAUUAUCUCCUGAAGAUUAACAAUGGCAACAAUCCUAAUGGUCAAUUAAAGUUUAACUUGAAAGAUGCUAUUGCUGCAAAUGGACAGUACCAAGUUACUGAUAGUGAUGGGAAAGGAAAUGGCAACAUCAUGGUUCACUUUAAGAAGGUGGAACGUAUAAUCAAAGCAGAUGUGAAAUUCGUGGCAAAGGAACCAGUGUUCAACGCUGAAGUCGACCUUUACUUGAACUUCGAGAAAGACAACAACGACAAAGUGCAUCUCAGCACAAACAACAAGAAAACUGAUAAACUACUUAACAGCAAGAACAAGAUUCAAUAUGCAGGAAAAUCUUCUGAAAUUAACAUUCACAAGGAUGGACUCUUCACUGGACUGGGCAAGGAUGGCGUCGAACUUGAAGUUGUUCUUCCUGAUGAGAGAUGCCUGAAUCUUAAGGUUGACAGAGACGUCAAUCUUAACGACAACGUAUACAACGGUCACGCCGAAUUACUAUUCUCCGAUGCCGAAAAGCGCGGAGGACCUGCUUCUAUUAUCAGCUACAAAGGAAAAUUAGCUAAAGCUAACAUAGAUAAAGAGGAAAUUGACUACGAAGGCCAAGUUGAACUGAAACUGAAGGAUGGCAAGAACCUUCUUAACACUUUCUCAUUCAAGAAUAUACCAAAAGGAGACAGUAGCGAUAUGGCUUUCAAGUCUGAAGUCACUGGCAACAUGUUACCCAAGAAGGCAAUUAUCGACGCAAGCGCAAGUUACACACAGCAAGACCGCGUCAAAGAGAACUACCGCGUCAAGGCGAGCUACGGAGACGAUUUGGCAGCAGAGCUGGUCGGUGCUUUCGAAGCUAUCAUACCUGAUAAAGGAGAAAAGAAAUACAUGAACGACUACACCAUGUCAAUUCGCCUGCCUUUCGAAAAAGCUCAUGACAUUAAAUUGGUGUCCACUUUCAUGUUUUUACAACCAGAAAACAAAGCCGCUGAGGUAACAAUCAUAGAGUCAGUGCAAGUGAAUGCCGAUCUCUAUAAACUGGAGUCAAACGGCAAGUACCAUGAGACCAGCGGUAAUAACAAAGUGAAGGUGAUCGUCCCACACGUGGAACCCAUCAUAGUCGAUGUCAACUACAAAUUUGAUCAAAAUAAAGACAAAACCUCGGGCGAUGUGAACCUCAAGGCUCAAUACGGAAAAGGCAAAUCCACUUCUCUCUCCCUUCAAGGAACGUCCUCCGCAAACGACAUCGAGCUGAAGAUCGUAUCUAAUUCUCCCCAAUACGAAAAACUCAAGAAAUUCGUAUUAAGCCUACACGCAAAGAACCCAUCUCCAGACACCUAUAAUGCUCUCAUUAUGGUGGACGCGGACGGCCGCGUGUACCAAGUAGAGGGUCUCACGAUCUACUCGAGCUCGCAGCCGGUGUUUGACCUCAAGUACUCUAGUCCUUCUUCGCCUAAGACCAGGUUCUACUUUAAAGGUGUUCAAAUCCGAUCAAGCCAAGGACGUGGUGAAAUAAAGAUUGAAAAUAUCAAAGAUUUCAACUUGGACUCAUCUGUUGAAUAUGAUUUUGAUAAAGAUUUCGCAAUCAAGUACCAGGCUAAUGCUGAGAAACUUGGAAUGAAGAAUUACAAAAUUGAUAUUACAAGCAAAGAUGCGGGAAGUGGAAAGCGAUUGGAGUUCACAGCAGUUAAUGACGGCAAGAACGUACUAAGUGGAAGCACCUCAUUCAUUAGCAAACAAGAAGGACCUAAAACGAUCAUUGAAGGUUCUGGAACAUUAAAGAUCAAGGAUGAGCAAAAGCCCGCCAGCUUCAAAUACAUUCGCACCAUCCUUACUGAAGGAAACGAACAAGGAAUGGAGACUUUCAUCAACUUGGCUUUUGGUGAGCGCAACCACGUCGCAGAGUCGCGCAUCACAAAUAUGGAAUACAAGGCAUCAUACGUCUACUGCGAAGAGAAGAAGCAAUGUGCUCACGCUGAACUUAACUCCAAAUUUAUUAUUAGCAAACCUGGAUGCCUUCAACAUCAGUACAACAUGGGCUUUGAUCUUCGCAAAUUGGGAUUGAACACGGAAUUCGGUCUCCAAAUCAACAAUGAAUUCUCAGAAAAGAACUUGCCUCAAUACGACAUGAACCUCCACGUUAACCGUGAAAGCGACAAGUUCCACUUCCACGUAUACAGUCAACCGGAGCUCGGCAAAUUCCCAGCGGGUAUCGUCUUGACAUUCCCGAAAAGAGUCGUAGCAAUUGAAGGAUUGGUCCAAUACCCCACUGACAAGGCUAUGCCUUUCCCUAUCAAGGCCGAGCUUAAUAUGUAUCCAGACAAAAACAGGCCUCAAUCAAAAACUGCUUUAAGAUUCAACAUGGACGCUUCAAUGAUUCGCGACGAGCAAGGAGAGAUGUCUGCAGUUAUUGGAUUUAGUCACCCUAGAAUUGGAAGGGAAGCAUUAGUCAAGUUCCAUGGAUCAGUUAAGAGGCCUAGCGAAAACAGCAUCGUCAUCGAUACAUCUAGUGUCAUCUCUCACAGCUGCCUUGGAAACGACCGUGAAUCUAAAUUCCACUUUGAAGGCAGUCCCACCGCUAUCAAACUAUUGAUUGAUACUCCAGUUGUAAAAUUAAUUGAAAUCGAAGGAAGUGCGGCUAUUAAAGAGGAUAUUCAGAAAGGCGAACUGAAGUUCAGUCUUCUUGAAGGCAAACCUGUUGAAGUCCACGUACUUGUAAAUGAUUUCAAAUACUACGAAUUCUCUACCGGCUACAGUGGUGAUUCAGGAAACAGGUUGUCUAUAACAAGUCAUUUGGAUCCUGAGAAGCGUGUCGAUGCCUCCAUCGAUAUUGUUCUACCUGGAAAGAAAACCCACAACAUUGCCCAUGGAGCCCUGUUCCUUGAGAACAACUUGAUUAACAGUGACUAUGGAAUGUCUAAGGAUAACUACGACAACUUCGUGAAAGCACUGAAAAAAGACAUGGUUGACUUACAAAAGCGAGUGAAAGAAGUCGGAGAGAAGUCCAACAACGACUUCAAACAAACAAUGAAGAAGGUCGAACCAACUUACAAGAAGCUGAGGGAAGCAUACGAAGCUGAUUUAAAUAGCUUCCGCAAUGACCUGCAGGAUAUCAUGAAGUCUAUGCAGGAAUCUUACGAAUCAAUCCGUCACAUCAUCCAAGCUUUCCUUAAGAUAUUUGACGAAAUUGUGGACUUAGUUAAACCAGUAGCUGAUCAGAUUGCUGAAACUGUCACCUCAAUCAGUAAAAAGGUCAUAGAAAUGUAUGAGAAACAGCUGGAGCCUCAACUGAAGCAUCUAUACGAGAACCUCUCAGCAAUAGUGAAAGAAUACACUGACGGUAUCAUCGACGUAGCCGCUCACUUUGCCGCCAUCGCUAUAGACUUCUUCGAGAAACACAAGGCUGAAAUUCGGGAACUUGCUAAUGUAUUCACUGAGAUCUUCAAAGAUCUGACCCGUAUCAUCGUUGCUCAACUCAAGGAGUUCCGCGGAAAGUCUGCCCAACUCUUCUCAGAGCUCAUGGAACAAAUUAAGAACAUGCCUAUCAUUGGACUUAUCAAAGAAAAGUAUCAAGAGUUGGCCGUGCCAGAGCAGUUCCUGGGUCUGAUGAAGGAGGCGCACCAGGGAGUGCGCAACGUCAUGCCUACUGAAGAGAUCAAGUUGUUCAUCGAUGCUCUCAACAAUUACGCACAGAAGAAACUCCGUCAAGAGAAGUUCGACGAGAGUGUAGAACUACGCACACUGUAUGAGCGUCUCGCGGCCGCGGCUGCGUCGCUGGUCCGCCUCGUACGACAACACGUCGGCCAGCUCGGCAUCACAUACCCGAUCAUCUCUGAAGCUGGCUUUCCUGGAAUCACUCCAAUAUCCAUUCCAUCGUUCAGAGGAUCAGCGGCCUUGAGCUUCAUCACUCAACUGAUUGAAGGAGACAUCCCCGACCCCGUAAAACUGAUCCAAGCUUACAGACCUCGCAGCUUCGACCCUCUCGAUGAAAUACCCUCUAAGAUGCGCGCAGUCAUCGUGAACGGUCAACACAUCUUUACGUUCGACGGUCGUCACAUGACCUUCCCAGGAUCAUGCCGCUACGUGCUUGUACACGACCACGUUGACAGGAACUUUACUCUAAUCAUGCAACUUGCUAACGGCAAUCCUAAAGCGCUCAUCUUGGAAGACAAGAGCGGUAUUACUAUUGAACUCAAAGAGAAUGGACAGGCGGCUUUGAAUGGAGCUGCACAUGGUUACCCCAUCAUAGAGGAGGACGUGUUCGCGUUCAGGGAGCCCAAUGGACGCAUCGGCCUCGGCUCUCGCUACGGACUCAUGGCCUCCUGUACUAGCAAACUUGAGGUGUGCUACAUUGAUGUAAAUGGUUUCUACCUUGGUAAAUUACGCGGUCUCCUCGGCGAUGGCAACAAUGAGCCUUUCGAUGACUUCAGGCUACCCAAUGGAAAGAUCGUCAACUCAGAGAGCGACUUUGGUAACGCUUACCGUCUAGCUGGUAGCUGUGCCGUAGUGAAGACGCCCGAACACUCGCACGAGCAGAUGCAUCAAACGAUGCCACCUGCUUGCGAAACCGUAUUCGGAGGCAGUUCACCCCUCAGACCUUUGACCGUGAUCCUGGAUGUUAUGCCUUUCAGGCAAGCCUGCAUUCACGCAUGCACCGGCGCUGAAAAUGCGCUAUCCCAAGCUUGCGACCUCGCAAGAGGCUACGCUGCCCUCGCGCAUUCAACACUCCUUCCCGCCGUACUUCCACCACAGUGCGUGAAGUGCACAGACUCAGAUAAACCACGUGAAGUUGGCGAAAAGUACGACGUCAAACUACCCGCUAAGCAGGCAGACAUUGUGGUCUCUGUUGAAGUUACUACUGCCAACGAAAAGAACUACAAGGACAUCGUAGUGCCGCUAGUGUCACAAAUUAUCGACCAGCUUAAGAGCAAGCGCAUCACUGACGUGAAGGUGUACUUAGUGGGAGUCACCUCCAAGUACCCGUACCCCAUCCUCUACGAUACUGACCUGAGGUUAAAGAGCGCUAAGGUGAAGUUCGACGACGAAAGCCGCUACAACUUGAUCGAGCCUAUUAACUUCAAGAACAAAUUAAUUGAUGGAUACGAGUCGGUCUUCGUUGACAUUAUUAACAAACUUGGAAUCUCACUUGGAAUCCAAAACAUCAUGGCUACCUACCACUCUGUCUUCGACCUUCCACUGAGACCCGGCGCCGUCAAGCACUACAUCAGCUCUGUUGGCACCAAGUGCGAACCACAAUUGUUCAUCUUAAACGCCGGCCGCUCUGUCAUCAUCGGUGAGAUUUUCAAGAACAUGGGUCUGACUCACUCCCUUAUCACAGAUGUUGAUGGUCUCAAGAUUGGUGGAGGCAAGUCUGCUGAACAAGUUGUUGGUUUCUCAAAAUCAAGUGUACUGAUGCUUGGUGAUAAGAAGCAGAAGGACACAGAAUCUCUGAGAGCAACCCUGGAGCUACCAAAUGAAGACAACUGCAUUGACUUCACUGAAGAAUCCGGUGGCUACACAUUCUCAGCAAGCAACUUCCGCAAGCUGAACCCGCAACAACAGAAGCAGUUCAUCGCUUCCGCAGCAUCCUCCGUCACAUCUCGUCUGCUGCAAAAUUCUUUUAGCUUGAGUUGUACUUGCACUUACACCGAUCCGUUCCGCGUUCGCUCGGUAUGCGUUGUCACUGAUAGAAAGGAAGUGGCUCGCAAAAAGAAG